AUGAAUUCUCAAAGACUAAGUGAAAUAGAGGCAGAAAUCCUCGCGGUAGAGUCCGCCAUUGAUAAGACAUAUGCAAAACUACGAGAACAUUUCUAUGUGAGUAGCAGUCCCAAAACAUCUACACCAAAGGCGGCUACACUUCAACCACAGAGUACUAUACCAUCCAGUUUGAAUGAGUCAACCCUGGUAAAAGAGCUGAGUAAGCCUAAAAUUGAAAUUCUGCCAUUUGAAGGAGAUCCAAUUCAUUAUACACAGUUCAUUCGCCAAUUCAAUUCUAGAGUAGCAAACAUUUGUGAUUCACCAGAUGAAAAGAUAAGUUAUUUGCUACAGUACAUCAGGGGAGAAGCACGCAAAAUAGUCCAGAGGAGAUAUGGUGAAGAAGAGUAUGUGGCUCAGAGUUAUAUCAAAAAGGCAACACAGUGGCCUAAUGUAAAGCCAGGAGAUAUAUCUGCUUUGGACAAUUUUGGGAUUUUCUUACGAGAAUGUCACUAUGCUGUAGGAUCAAUUGCUUCAACUACCAUACUUGAAUAUCCAGAGAAUAUUAAGAAGCUUUCACAGAAAUUACCACAACCAAUGCAAGAUCGAUGGAGGUCGCACGCCUACAAGAAGAAGGAAAAAGGAUUAAAGGUAACCUUUGAGACAUUAGUUGACUUUGUGCAGAGAGAGGCCAGAAUUCUAACUGAUCCCAUUUAUGGAAAGAAUUCUCUUCCAGAAAACCCUCCAAGAAAAAAGGCCACAGUGCAUAAUAUUGCUAGUAGCACAUCUACUGUUCCAGCUUACCAGCCAAGGCACAACCCUGCGAAUCAAACGCCCUCAGUCACCCCCGUGCCUGAAAGUAGUUGUUUAUACCAGGAGAACCAUACCAUCUCAAAAUGCACACAGUUUAUUAACAAGUCCACCGAAGAAAGACGAGAGUUUGCUAAAGCUAGGAGACUAUGCUUUAAUUGUUUAAAAGGGUCACAUCGAGCCCAAGAGUGCCGCAAUCCAGGUCGCUGGAGACAUUGUGCCAAAAAACAUCACACCUUAUUACACCAAUUAAGAGAAUCAGCGCCAGUUGGAAACGCUGUGCUCUCCACUGGGACCGGAGACUCAGAUCAUAAAGCCUUUUUCCAGCUACUACCCGUACAUGUAAUGAGCAAUGGGAGGACGAUUGAAACAGAAGCCUUACUAGACUCAGCAAGUCAGAUGACAAUUAUAAAAGAAUCACUCGCAUUCGAUCUUGGCUUGAAUGGAGAAACCUGUGCCCUGACAGUUAACACCCUAAAUUCCUCCAGCCAUGUGAAGUCCAAGAAUGUUUCCUUUUUAGUCAAGUCAGAGUCAGCACCUCCUUUGAAUAUUAGAAAUGCAAAAACUUUGCCAGUGAAUAAGUUCCAAUGCUCGGAACAGCGACUCAACCCAGAAUGGUUUCAUUGCCAGAACUUAGGUAUUCCCAAUGUGAUUACUCCAUCAGAAGUCGGACUUCUCAUUGGUGUGGACCAACCAGAAGCUCACAUUCAAUAUGGAAUCAGGAGAGGAAGCAAAGAUCAGCCAAUAGCAGUGCAAACAUACUUAGGAUGGUCCCUGAUAGGUACAGACUCACACUUAUCUCAGUCAUCACCCCUGUCUGUGAAUCUCCUCUCUGUCAGUGAUCAGUCAUUGGAACAAUUUUGGUCUACAGAGACAUUUGGAGUAUCUUAUCAAUAUUCCAACCCGUUCUUGACAGAAGACAGAAAAGCUGAAGCAAUGUUAGACAAAUCCAAGAAAUUAGUGAAUGGAAACUAUGAAGUUGGCAUGCUGUGGAAAUCAGAAAAAUCUACUCUACCAAACAACCUGGAAAUGGCCAAAGACCGCUACCGACUCCUAAAUAAACGCUUCGAGAAAGACAGGAAUUUUGAAGAGAAGUAUCGAGGAAUAAUGAGAGACAACAUAAGCAGAGGAUAUGCACGCAAGCUUACUCCCGAAGAAGCAGGUUUAUGCAGCCAGAGAACAUGGUAUUUACCUCACCAUGCUGUUACCAAUACGCAGAAAGGCAAGCUUAGACUGGUAUACGAUGCAGCUGCAACCUAUAAAGGCGUGUCUCUAAAUAAAGCCCUGAUGACAGGCCCAGACCUACUGAACAGUCUCUUUGGUGUCAUACAGAGAUUUAGGUUAUAUGAGAUAGCCAUGGUAGCCGACAUAGAGCAGAUGUUCAUGCAAGUUCAUGUACCUUCCUCGGAUGCAGACUCACUGAGAUUCCUAUAUAGCGAAGAUAACAACCCUGACGCGUUUGAGGUAUACCAGAUGACAUCACACAUAUUUGGAGCCAAAGAUUCACCAGCGUGUGCUAAUUACGCUCUCAGAAGAACAGCCCAAGAUCAUGCAUGCACAUUUAUACAGUGA